AUGUACCGCUACCGCCACGGCAAGCCUAUGAGCGUCAAGGCAUGCGCCCAGCGCCUCUCGACCAUUCUGUACCAGAAACGUUUCUUCCCCUACUACGUCUAUGCCAUUCUCGGUGGUCUGGAUGAGGAGGGCAAGGGCGCUGUCUAUUCCUACGAUCCCGUUGGAAGUUACGAGAGGGAACAGUGCCGUGCUGGCGGCGCGGCGGCCAGCUUGAUCAUGCCGUUCUUGGACAACCAGGUCAACUUCAAGAACCAGUAUGAGCCUGGCAGCGGUGUUGGCCAUGCUCUCCAGGAGCGCGAGCGCAAGCCUCUAACACGGUCCGAGGGCGAGAUUCUGGUUAAGGAUGCUUUUGACGGAGCUGUUGAGCGCCACAUUGAGGUUGGUGACGGCUUGCAGAUGAUGGUCAUCACCAGGGACGGAAUCGAGGAGGUUCUGCUCCCAUUGAAGAAGGACUAA